CCACGACCAAAGACGAUGGCGACGACGGCGUUCCUCGACAAGCUCCAUGCGCAAGCGCUCAUUUACACGGACGGCAGCGUCCCGUUCGCCAAGGCGGCCAUGGCCUCGCGCAUCCCGAAGCUGCUCCACGAGAUCGCUGACCAGAACGCGGCCACGAAGAGCCUCUCGGAGACCCACUGCGCCAAGCUCCGUGCGUUCGCCGACGACGUGGCGGCCAACAAGCCGAUCCCGGCGCUGAGCAACCCGGCCAUUGACCCAACAUGGCACGCGGACUACGAGCGUCUCGGCGCGGGCAAGACGUGGCACGACGCGGCGUGGUUCUUUGCUGAGGCCUACCUCUUCCGCCUCGUGCUCGACGUCACUGGCUACGACGAGCAUGGCGUCGACCCGUUCCACUGCCAAAAGAUGCACGAGCUCGACGACGCGACGCCGUGGCGGCUCCUCGAGACCGCGGCGGCGCUCGAUGCCUCUGACUUGCCAACGCGCGAGAAGCUCGGCGACCUCAUGAAGCUCAGUUUGUGGGGUAACAAGGCCGACGGCGCGUACAAGGAGGUCAAGGACACGAUCAGCGGCGCGCAUGCCAACUUGGCCGUCGACGACCAGUACCUCUUGACCAACCACUGCGCGCAGGUCAUUGAGCACCUCGAGUCGUUCCAUGGCUCGACGACGGUGCAUUUUAUCAACGACAACUGCGGUACCGAGAUCCUCUUGGACUUGGCCCUUGUCGACCACCUUCUCACGCAUAAAUGGUGCACAUCCAUCGUGCUGCACGUCAAGGGUGCGCCGACGUACGUCUCGGACGCGACCGCCAACGACAUCGUCGAGACGGUCCGUUUGAUGGGCGAUGCGUCGCGGACGCCGUCGGUCCGGGCGCUUGCUUCGCGCCUCCAGGCCUUCCUAGAUCAGGGCGUCUUGAAGCCGAUUGGCGAUCUCUUCUGGAACCAGUACCGGUUUUAUUUCGAGCUGCCAGCACAUGUGACGCAUUCGCUUGGCAGCGCAGGUCUUGUCGUUCUCAAGGGCGACGCCAACUACCGCCGUCUCCUUGGCGAUCGUCUCUGGCCCGCGACGACGCCCAUUGCAGAGGCGGUCCCGUACUUUCCAGCGCCGUUUGUCGCGCUCCGCACGAUGAAGUCGGACCCGAUUGUGGGCAUUCUGCCCGCGCAAGAGACGACCUUGGAGGCCGACGACCCGCUCUGGCGCAUCAACGGCCAGCGCGGUGUCAUCCAGAGUGUCCUUCGUUAAGUCUAGGGCCUCGAUGCUACCUGGUUCGAGUAAGCACUCAACACCGAUAGAGCGUCCACAUCUGGAUCAACCCUUCUACAUACUCGC